AUGGUGAUGCUAACUUUCGGCCGCUUUCUUAGUCGUCCCUACCCUCACAGCCGGGAAGGCCCUACAAUCUUCUCGUUCCAACAAAAACUCAUCAUGGAGGGCGUCGGACUCGACGGUGAUCAAGACGGAAAGACGAACCGGACGACGGGCGUGCAUGACUCUCCUGUGUUGCAACCCGUGGCAGUGGAAGAUAUGGAUGCCUUCUAUGACACGGAUGAAUAUGCCAACUCCUCCAAUCGCUCAUAUUCGCCGCCAGCCUCUCCUCCUAGGCUGUCGCGAAAUCCUUCUUUCUCAUAUCAGGAUGAUUGGGAGACGUUUCCGCCGCUAGAUAAACUCACCGUGUUUGACUUGCUUGACAACCUUUCACUCUCUCAGAAACUCGAGAAAUGGCAACAGGCGAUCAAUGCGCAGAGAGAGAAGGUCCGAAAGCAGCGCGAAAAGCUGAAGUCUACUUCAAUGAACGCAAAGGAUCGAGUGGUCGGAGAAUGGAAGCGGCGGAUUCCUACAGCCGAUGAGCAGUUGGCUAAAUAUCGCCGUCGGAUGAGUGACGGUGUCAAGCGGCUGGAGAAGCAGUGGAGUGCCACGGCCACGGUGACACUACGCGAGAAGGUUUCGUUCAUCGCGGGUGUUCUCAAUAUCUUCAUCAGCGGCUACCUCAUCGGAGCCUACCCGGAAUACUUUUAUAUCUGGUUCAGCGCGCAGUUGGCCUAUUUCAUGCCGAUACGAUACUAUGGAUACCACAAAAAGGGAUAUCAUUAUUUCCUUGCCGAUCUUUGCUACUUUGUCAACAUGCUUUGCAUGCUCAGUAUAUGGGUUUUCCCGAGGUCCAAGAGACUUUUUAUCAGCACCUUCUGCCUCACUUUUGGAAACAAUGCCGUUGCUAUUGCAAUGUGGCGAAACUCCAUGGUCUUCCACAGCAUGGACAAGGUCGUCAGUCUCUUCAUUCACAUCAUGCCACCAGUUACCUUACACUGUCUCGUCCAUCUCACUCCUGCGAAAAUGCUGCAAGAGAGAUUUCCGGCGGUCUACGACGUCAAGUUUAGCAAACCUGGCUCUCCCAACCACUAUUCUCUCCUUUCCAUGAUGCUGUGGGCAACCGUGCCUUACAUGAUCUGGCAGCUGACCUAUCAUUUUUUCAUUACCGUGCGUCGUGCCGAGAAGAUCGCCGCUGGGCGUCCUACCAGCUUCACGUGGCUUCGCAAGUCCUACGCAAAGACCUGGAUUGGGAAGUGUGUGAUCAGUCUUCCCGAAUCAUUGCAAGCACCUGCCUUUAUGAUGAUUCAAUACCUUUAUGCGGUUCUGACCAUGAUUCCUUGUCCCCUCUGGUUCCGUUACCGGUGGGCCAGCGGUGUUUUCUUGACUGCCCUAUUCAUUUGGAGUAUCCAUAAUGGCGCCACUUACUACAUUGACAUCUUUGGCAAACGGUUCCAGAAGGAGCUGGAAGAGCUGAAGAAAGACGUUGCCCGCUGGCAGGCCUCUCCGGCUGGUAUGACCAGCCCGACGCUGCCGAUCUUGAACAACCCGUCUUCCGCAGGGGCUGGCGUCCUCAAUGACUCACCGUCUGCGCACAAGGAAUGCGACAAGUCAAGUCUCGACCAGAUCCCUCCGCUUGACGCCAGUGCGGUGUCGACUGCCAUAGAUGGCUCCAAUUUUGCGGACGCUGCGAUUACGCGAGAGAGAAAGUAG